AUAUGUCUAUGUAUAGUGCUCAUUUACAAAGUUGCUGAAUGAACGCAUAACUAUGAACGGGGAACACAAAGGAAGAAGCUGGCUAGAGAAAGAAAAACUCAUGGAAGAAACAAAGAGCAUAGUUUCGGCUUGUAAUGGAGGGUCUGCAGUUGCUGUAAGUUCAGUUAUUCAUGUUGGAAGAGAAGAAGAUGAUGAAAGUACUCAGGAGCAUCAUCAUCCCACCAUUCCUGGGUGGUUUGCGGAGCAUUGCCCACUAUGGCCAGGCCAAGCACACUUCUUAAAGGUAGAAAAAAUUAUAUUUCAAGGAAAGUCUGAAUUUCAAAGUAUGAUGGUGUUUCAGUCAUCAUCCUACGGCAAAGUUUUUGUUCUGGAUGGAGCUCUCCAACUCACAGAAAAGGAUGAGUUUUCGUACCAAGAAAUGAUCACUCAUCUUCCUCUUUGCUCUAUUCCCAAUCCCAAAAAGGUGUUGCUUAUUGGGGGAGGAGAUGGUGGCAUCCUACGUGAAAUCUCUCGACAUUCUUCGGUUGAGCAAAUUGAUAUAUGCGAGAUUGAUACGAUGCUAGUGAACGUGUAUAAGGAAUUCUUCCCUGAAAUUGCUGUUGGAUACGAGGACUCUCGAGUAAAACUUCAUGUCAGAGAUGGAACUAAAUUUUUGAAGUCCGUUCAAUGUGGUACCUAUGAUGCCAUAAUUGUAGAUGCAUUUGACCCAAUAAGACCUGAAGAUGAACUAUUCAAAAGUUCCUUCUUUGAGUUGGUGGCAAAAGCUCUCCGCCCCGGCGGGGUGAUGUGUAUCCAGGCAGAAAGUCUAUGGUAUCCAGCCCUCAACAUUGAUGAUCUCGUUGCAGACUGUCGCCGGAGAUUCAAAGGCUCUUCCAGCUAUGCAUGGACGAUCGUUCCAACAUAUCCAAGUGGAGUAAUAGGUUUCAUGCUUUGCUCUACUGAGGGUCCAUCUGUGGACUUCAAACAUCCUGUCAACCCCAUGGAUCCAAAGCAAACUUUCGGAGUGGCAAAAGGGCCGCUGAAAUUUUACGACUCAGAGGUACAUUCUGCGGCAUUUUGUCUGCCAUCAUUUGCAAAGAAGUCAAUGAACUCCAAAGUCAUCCGAAAUUAAAGUGAGAAUGAAAGUGUAACCAUUACAACUGAAACAUUAAGGAUUGACAGAAUUGGUUUCAGCAGUAAGUAAUGUGAGCAACGCCCAAUAUGUGCCCAGACUCCGGCCUCGGAAAUCAGAAUCAAUGCUUUGACAGCAACUCAAUUUAGACUCAUUCAUGUUUAAUUUUUUGAUAAAAUUUAUUGGUUUUACAUUUAAUUUGUUGGUCUAUAAAUCAAAUUCAGGCAGUGUGACUUACGGUAAUACAAUAAACAUGGAAUUUUUGUUGUCAAUUGAGACUGACUGUCAAUAAAUUAAUAGUCAUUCAUCUUAUGAAUUGACGAAUUUUGAUUC